CCUGCCGGACGACUUUCACGGUAGCACGCCGACAAACUGAAAAGUCUUCUCACACAUGUCGUGACAGCAGCAGUGUGCCCUGAAGGUUAAAGAGGCAGUAUUUUGAGUCUUGAGAUACGAUAAGUAAUUAAGAUGUCGGACGUGUCAAAGAAACCUCCACAUGCGAACUGGAUCCUUCAGCAUCCAACGUAUCAGCAAAUGAAGAAUCUGGAGAUUGGAGACAGUGCACAGGUACAUGCAGCUUUCCUUGUGUACAUGGAUCUUGCUGAGGUGCGUCGGUGGAAAGAAGUGUCAUGUGUCAAGAAUCCUGAGCUGCAGGUGGUUUUGCUGGAAGGGAGGGAGAAGGAAGGAGAACCCAUCCAGACAAUUCUUCCGUUGCCUGCUCACAGAUCUCUGAGCCACAAAAGCAUACGUCAUGUGCUGGACAGAGGCUUUCCCAUGCUGUUGUGUGCUGUAGCUUCUGACUCCACCCUGGUCUACCAGAGGAUGACGGAUGGGUUGGUGACACCUGACCCUCCUGUAGGUCCCUUCCAGGAUAUGGGACGCCGGCAGCACCGGAAGAGACGGCAGCAGCGCUGAGCAGCUGUAGUGAGAGGACACCUUGGUGGUAUUGGGGAACCAUAGAGGAGCAGAAUGGGACAGGAUGUCAGCCGGUCGGUCGGUCUGUCUUUGUAAGCUGCUCCUUUAAAAAAAAGUCAAAGGUGAACUGACAUCAUGGCAAUGGGUGCAAAUACUCUGAACCACAGUGCCCUUCUAGUUGCUGUGAGGCCAAGCCUAUGAUCCCCUCUCAGUAAGAAACAACUGGUAACAUCAUAACAGUGAAGUCAACUUCAGUUUUGGCUUGUAACUCCUUAAAACCUUUGCCUCAUUGUCACCAGGUGAGUGAGUGAAAGCGUGAGUGUUAAUUGAAUAAUUUGCACAUGAGGUGAAGAGUUAAAAUUAGAAGAGUUAAGAUUAUACAGUAAUUAACAAGAAAAAGAGAUAGUUUUGUGCAUAAAUGCAUAAUUGAUUUCCUGUUUUCCUCACUUCUAAUCGUCUUGAACCUGUUUACCUCUUACCUUAGUUUUACCACACACAAAUUAAUAGACCAACAUGUAAGGCUGGGAUGAUACAGAGACUAAUUAACUAUGUACUGAGGGGAACAUUUUACAGUUGAAAAAUAAACUUAUCAGUGCUCUCUGGUGAACAAACUGUGAUGGCGACACUGUUUUUAAAUGACGUCAGUCAUAUCUUGUUAGCCUUUCUGCACUGUUAUUUUUUUGUUAACAUUGAAAUCUCUAUAAGAUAAAGCACGUGGGAGAAGUUUCCCUUCGGGUAUUUCUGAAAGAAAGGCUUUCUACUUUAUAACCAAGUAGUUUUGGUGCCUAAACUUAACCAAGUUUUACGGAUUUCCAGCAGAAAGCCCUGAUGGAAAACUUCUCCCAUGUGCUAAGUUAAAAUUGCCUCAUUAUAUCAGAUCUACCAUUGUAUUAGCUGGGCUGUAAUUCAUACUGGCAUUGAGCUGUCCACUAAUGAUCUUAUCACUCAAUUUAUGUGUUUAGUGAGCUCCAGUGCACGGUUGCUGAUGCUAGUUUGUUUGAUAUAGUGCCUAUAUACUACCAUUUGUUCAUGCACUAAUGAGGUAUCAGUUUGCUGAGAUGCCAUGAGGAUAUAGUUGAUGAAAUAAUUAAUCUGGCAGGUUGUUUUCUUUAAAGUAAUACAACAGUGUCAGCUGUGUGGAUAAGUUACUGAAAACACUUUUAAUUUUUCUAGAAAAACAAAAAUUCAACAUAGAAACCAAACACGACAAUCUCACACUGGUGAGCGAAAUACAUAAUCAGACUUAUAUGUGAUGUAGCAGUGUCCACCCUGUUGGGUUGUCAUGGAACAGAUACCAAAGCAGGGGACAUCAAUAACCCUGCUGUGUGAGUGCACAAGUGUCUUUUUAAUGGUGCAAGGAAGGAUUUGACAACAUAAGAUUACAACACUUCAACCCUGAGCCUUAUUCAACAUAAAUACUCUACAUUAUAGCAGAAACAGACAUGGACAGACAAACACUGUACUGGCCAACGUACUGUAGAAAAGAGGUUCAUACUGUGUCUUGGAAUGCAGGAAGUUUCCAGCCCCUUUUCUUUUCAGGGAGGCAUUCAAGGAUGACAUAUUCAAAAUGAUUCAGAUAGAGACAUUGUUUUCACUGUGUCCACAAGAGCACUGCUUGCAUCUGGUAUUGAAACUUUAUAUUUGCAACAGUCAGAGUGUUUCAAACGUCUACCGAAAGUCUCCGUGACAGCCAUGUACAUUGGCCUUCCAGGACUUAUCCAAGCAGGGAAAGAAAAGCAAGUGUAUCUUCAAAUCCCAGGAUCUAGGUCAUCCUGUGAUGGCAUCACUAAGGAAGCAAACCUAAAUGUUCUCUACCAUUGGAGAACCUUGAAAACGUAUAAAUACUGAACCAUCUUUGAUUUUGGUGGUCAUUUUUCUCUUGGUUGAUACAUGAGCUGGAACUAAAGUUGUGAGCAGGAGGGCAAAAAGGUGCUUGAUUCAAGUUAGUAAUCCAAUUUUCCCAGGCGUGUACAUACAAGGGACAGUCCCUCCCCCCCGGUCAUGGUAACACAUGGUACGGUCCACCCGUAACACUGGAAUAACAGCUCUUUCAUACUGGGACUGAUGGACACAUGACCAUAGUGCUAUGUCAUAUCUUCCUCCUCUGAGCAGUAGUCCCGGCCCUGUAAACAAAACAGAGAUGUUAAUGUACAUCCCAUUUUUAUCCUAAUUUAAUGGCAUAUUUAUUUCUUAUUUCUAAGGCUUAUCUCAGUUAAAUUGGUAUGACAAAAUCAAUAUCAUUCCAUCAUUGAUAUAUAUCAUGCUACUGCAAAAAUAACAUGUAAAAUAUUCAAAUGAACAAUGAAUGAAAUGGACUGUGUUCCACGGUUUUGCUUUGCAUCAGACCCAGUUAUUCAAAUGCAGAAAACAAUACCUUCAAUAAGUAAUUUUGUUGAUAAUCAUUUCAUAUCAUCACAAUACUGUAUCAUGGCACUGAAAGUAAAUAAGUAAUGUCAGUAUCAAACUGACCUAAGGAUCAAAUAAUUUUUAGCUUCGCUUACUUACCAUUAUGAAAGUGAGGAAAUUAAAUCUCACACUACUACACUACAAAACGGUAAUGAUGAAACAAUUAAUACUUCUUUCUGUACUCGCCAUAUUAUACAGAUAUUUAACCAACAUACAGGGACACAUUUAUUAAAAAAGAGGCCAAUUAAUUUCCAUUAGUAGCCUCAAAGAACAAAAAUGCAAUGCAGCUAACAACAUAAAAACACCUUUUCAUCUGUGAUUGACUAUAGGGAUGUGUACGUGCAUGCAGCAGCAUUAUCUCUGACAGGAAAACUAAAUUCUGCCUACCAUUCAGCGUUGCACUUUAUCACUGUAGUUUAUACAAAAUGGUGGAAUGGCCUUCUCUCGCUACACGUAGACGGUUACAUUUGUGUGUUUUUACCUACAAGGCACUCCUGUGCAAAUUACCCAGUUAUCUUUGCAGCUUCUUAACUUUGCGGUCAGCAGUUACCAAACACGGUCCAGCUGGGUCCCCGGGGUUGUUUCCAAGUUAAAACUGCCUUUUCAUAUUGUGCACCCUCAAUAUGGAACUCCUUACAAAAGAUUGUCUGGUUACAGGUGCUAGUACCACUUAGGGAGUUAAAGUUACUGGUUGUAGAUGUCCUUAAGGAGAAGUGUAGAUGUUUCCCAUUGGCUGAACUUUGUAAGUGUAUGUAUAGGUGUCUUGGAAGAUUUUUUAAUUUAUUGUAUUGUAUCCCUCUCCUUUUUUCCUUGUAUGUGUACACGUUCCUGGCAAAUAAAGCUGAUUCUGACUAUUUGUUUUGCCACGGAUAGAUACUCAUUUGGUGUGCUAGUGAGUAUUUCCGGCAGCAGGGCGGUGUGUGGGGGAUCAACUCAAAAUAAACUAGAGUGCCUGUGCUCAACAUGUGUAA